AUGCCGUCUCCCUCUUCGUCAGCGGCAAGAACCCGUGCCUACCGCAACACCACCGUCGGCUCGGCCCGCCCGCGGGUCUCGCCGGCAGCGCCCUCGCGGGCCCGCUACACAGCGUCGUCGCUGCGGGCGGCGGCGGGCAGCGGCGACGACUCGUACUCGCGGCGGAACGGAGCAAGUGCCGAGCCGAGCGGGGCUUUGCAGGCGACGCGGGGUGUGGCGACGGCUCCGCAUGCCCACAAGCACCGGCGCAUUGUGUUUCGGGCGCCAGGCGCCGAUGCCGGUGCUCCGCCGCAGGCCCGAGUCGGCCUGGUUGACGAGGCAGGCGGCGGCGAUGGGCGACCGGGUAGCGUGGGCAGCAAGCGGCCGGGGGCGCUGGCACUGGCCCGGGCCCGAGCGGCGACUACUCGUGGCUCGCCACGGGUCUCGUCACCGUCAACCGAGACCUCGGCCCGUAUCGCCCGCCUCACGUCCGAAAUGGAGGCGCUGGCCAUGUCGGGCGGAGAGGUUGGCAGCGAUGUCGAGGCGCGCAAGCCGUACUACGGCUCAUUUGAGUCGAUCCGAUUCUCGCCGCGAUCAUCAUCGCCGUCGCCGGGACUGGCGUCGCUGGCCGGCUCGGCAACUACGGCCUCGCCGUACGCCACCACCCGGGCGAGCGGCGUGCCGCGGUCGAGCCGGCCGGCAACGGCAGGCGCAGGCGGUGUGUACUCGGGCUACGCCCCGUACUCGGGAUCGCACGAGACGCUGCCACCGCCGUCUCCAUCUCCGGCAGUCUCAUCGGCUGUGGAGGCGCUCCGGGCCUCGCUCCGCUCGGCGAAUGCCAACGUGGUGCCGCGCCCGGCCGAGCCGCGCCCGGCGAGCGCUGCGGCGGCGUCGAGUAGUCGCGGCUCGUGGGAGGACCGACUGCAGCUUCUGGAGGAUGCGCGGCGGAAGCGGUUGUUGCGGGCCAAGGCGCAGGCCGAGCGCGACGAUGCUCGUGCGAGGGCACGUGCCACCGAGUCGUGGGAUGAGCGGCGGGCGCGGCUGCUGCGCGAAGCUGACGCCAAGGCGGCCGAGGCGUCACGUGCUGCAGGUGUCGGCGGCCCGCGGGCACGGCGCCGGGUAGGCUUUGAAGCAGCCAGUGUUAGCUCGGGCUCGAGCUCGGCGAGCGCAAGCGGCUCGGCUCGAAGCAAAGCCCGACCGUCAAGUGCGUCGGCGAGCGGGCGGAUGCAGACGUUUAGCGAAGUCGGCGUCGCCGAGCAUGCAAACCCCAAGUGGCGGCGGACCAUGGAGGACGCGCACGUGGCGGUGGCGGCGCUUGGCGGCGACCCAUCGCUCUCGUUUUUUGGCGUGUACGACGGGCACGGCGGCCGGGGCGCGGUCGACUACAUCGAGGCCACGCUCCACAAGGACGUCAUCCGUGAGCUCAAGCGGAUCCGGACCGAUUCGGACGAGGCCAUCACCCGCGCUGUCCACAAGGCGUAUCUAGCGACUGACAGCUCGAUGGUGGCGGCGGUCCACGAUGACUCUGGAUCGACGGUUGUCACCGCACUCAUCCGGGUCACGCCGCACGGCGAGCGCAAGCUGUACGUAGGCAACGCCGGCGACGCGCGGGCAGUGCUCUGCCAAGAAUCGAUCACCGGGUACGCGUGUCCGACGGUCGGGGGCUUUGUCUCCAUGGGCCGCGCCGACGUGGCCCGGGUCAACGGGACGCUGGCCAUUGCGCGCGCGCUCGGCGACCACUCGAUGAAGCGGCAGGUCAUUCCAGACCCGUAUCAGACGGCAACGACUGUUCGCGCCGACUCCAAGUUCCUCAUUGUGGCCUGCGACGGCCUGUGGGACGUGAUGGAAGACGACCAGGCCGUCCGCCUCGUCUACGGCAUGGACUCGGCCCAACACAUGGCCCAGCGGCUGGUCGACGAGGCCAUGCGCCGCGGCACAACCGACAAUGUCACCGUCAUGGUGGUCAUUCUUUAG